GUGUUGUGCAAACCUUCAGAAAUGCAAAUGCAGCUGCUCCGCCACGGCCUUGUCCAUGGUCUGGCCAAGAGGAUUAGGAGCAGAAGUACGCACAGCGCCUCUGCGGAUGUCUACGACGUGGUGGUAAUCGGAGGCGGACAUGCCGGCACGGAGGCUUCGGCAGCCGCCGCUCGCAUGGGAUCCCGCACCCUGCUGCUCACCCACAAGCUGGAGACGAUCGGCGAAAUGUCGUGCAAUCCCUCCUUUGGCGGAAUUGGCAAGGGCCACCUGAUGCGGGAGGUGGAUGCACUGGACGGGGUGUGCGCCCGCUGCUGCGAUGUGUCCGGAGUUCACUACAAGGUGCUCAACAGACGGCGGGGACCGGCAGUUUGGGGACCCAGGGCCCAGAUCGAUCGGCAGCUGUACAAGAAGGCUGUCCAGCGGGAGCUGAAUAGCACGCCCAACCUGGAGAUCCGUGCGGCAGCGGUGGACAAUAUCCUGAUCGAGGAUGAGCAGGAAACUCAAAGCAGGCGCUGCGCUGGAGUUCUCCUGGCCAACGGUGAGGUGGUGCAUAGUCGUUCGGUGGUGCUCACCACGGGCACGUUCCUGCGGGCACACAUAAACAUUGGACUGGAGGUGCGCCCGGCGGGGAGGAUUGGAGAUGCUCCUGCCAAAGCCCUCGGUGAGGCCAUUGAUAGGCUGGGCUUCCGCAUGGGUCGCCUGAAAACAGGGACCCCUCCGAGAAUAGCUAGGAGCAGUGUGGAUUUCUCGAAACUCCAGAGGCACGAAGGUGACGAUCCCCCUAUACCAUUUUCCUUCCUCAACAGCGAUGUGUGGAUACCUGCCAAGGAUCAGCUGCCCUGUUAUCUCGCCUACACCACCCCGAAGGUCAGCGAUAUUGUGCGCAACAAUCUCCACGUGAACCGCCACGUCACCGAGGAGAUAACCGGUCCCCGCUACUGUCCUUCGAUUGAGUCUAAAAUCCUGCGAUUCGGUGCCAAGGUUCAUCAAGUCUGGCUGGAGCCAGAGGGACUGGACAGCCCGCUGGUGUAUCCCCAAGGAAUCUCCUGCACGCUGCCCUUCGAGCAGCAAGUGGAGCUGGUCCAUGCCAUUCAGGGACUGGAGCAGGCGGAGGUUGUGCAGCCAGGCUACGGUGUGGAGUAUGAUUUCAUAGAUCCCCGCGAGCUGUAUCCCACGCUGGAAACCAAACGAGUACCGGGCUUGUUCUUUGCGGGUCAAAUAAAUGGAACCACAGGCUACGAGGAAGCGGCGGCCCAGGGCAUCAUAGCUGGGGCCAAUGCAGCGGGAAAAACACUCCAUGCCGACGGCAGGCAGUUGACCAUAAGUCGGACUGAAGGUUACAUAGGUGUACUCAUUGAUGACCUAACAUCGCUGGGCACCAACGAACCCUACCGCAUGUUUACCAGCCGAGCAGAGUUCCGCCUGUCCCUCCGGCCGGACAAUGCUGACAUGCGUCUCACCCAAAAGGGCUAUGAAUUCGGUCUGGUAUCGCCACAUCGUUACCAACAUUUCCAGCAAACCGAAGAGAAAUUACAAUCCGCCAUUGAAACCUUGAGACAGCUGAGGAAGCACACCCACUACUGGCGACAGGCCCUUGACCUCCCCAAGGCCAAGGCUUCAGUGGAGAAAACUGCCUUCGAUAUGCUGGGCAUACCGGCAGACAACAUCACAAUGGAUCAGCUCAUCCAGCUUCACCCCAGCGAACUUAGUUGGUUGAGCGGUGACAGAAAUCUGGCUGAAAGGGUGAAGAUCGAGGCUCUGUAUUCGUUUUUUGUCGAUGAACAGCAGCGGGAUGUGGAGGAUGUGCGCCGAGAGGAACGUCUUUCGAUACCCUCUGACAUCGACUACUUCUCCAAGUCGCUGAGCUUGUCCAACGAGGAGCGACAAAAGCUGACUCUUAUUCAGCCACAGACCAUCGCAGCGGCCAGUAGGAUUCAGGGAGUGACUCCCUCGACUAUUGUUAGGCUUAUGAAAUAUGUUAAGAAAGCGGAAGUGGCAAAGGCGUAGUUUCUAUCAAUAAACGACUAUUUUUAUACCCUUGCAGGGUAUUAUAA